CUUGUUUCUUUGUGCUGAUUACUGAACAUUGGCGGUUCAGUUGAUGCUCGCAAUAUGUCAGCUACGGAUCAGAUUCGUGCCCUCCUGGAUGAGUAUAUGGGUACAACCCGAAAUGGUAAGUUGUCUCCUUAGAAAACGUUUCUUGUUAUGCAUUGUCAAAUGGCCCACGACUUUCUAAGUGCGUAGAUAAGGUUUUUCUGAGCUUUGCACUCAAUUUGUCUCUUCAUUAUUUUUAAGGUGUUCAUGAAUGUGUUUGUGCGGUUGAAUGUCAAUUCAUAUAUUAAAUGUAAAUGCAUUAUUUUUCCUAUUCUAUGAAAAUUGUUGACUGCAUAUACUGGUAACGCCCAUUUAGGACAAGAACCGAGAAUAGAGUUUGAUAAUCCUCGCGUCUGUAAAAGCUACCUACUGGAUUGUUGUCCAAAUGAAAUACUGUCUGGAACGGUAGGUCUACAAUUUUUCUAACCAUGUUUAGCGAAUGGACUUGGGAAACUGCCUUUUCAUACAUGACCCAGCUCAUAAAGCAGAUUAUCGUAAAGAACCGGACACCAAAAAAUUCCAAUAUGAACUGGAUGCACUAGAGCAUUUGGAAGCGUUUAUCCGGGACUGCGAUCAGCGUACUGAUGUAGCUAAAGCAAAGCUUCGAGAAACCCAGGAGGAACUAACAGAUGAGGCUUCUCAAAAAGCUGAGCAUAUAAACCAGCUGAGCGAGCAAAUAGGAACCAAAUUAGCCAAGGCCGAGCAACUUGGUGCAGAUGGCCAUGUUGAAGAGUCUUUGAAACUCAUGAAGGAAGUUGAGGAGUUAAACUUGGAAAAGGCGAAAAGUGAGGCUGAUUUACGGACUGCAAUACCAACAAGUACGUACCAACAGCAAAAGCUCCGUGUUUGUGAAGUUUGUUCUGCUUAUCUCGGUGUACACGACAACGAUCGUCGGCUCGCUGACCACUUUGGAGGGAAGUUGCAUCUGGGUUUUAUUGAGAUUCGACAGAAAUUAGCUGAGUUAAGACAGUAUGUAAACGAGAAUAACAUAGUUCGAAGGCGCAGGUUUGAAGGAUACAACCGCUCCAUUUUUGUCACAGUGGAGGAGAGGCGUGAAAAGGAUCGCAUUCGCGAACGCGAACGUGAGAUUGAAAAAAACGAACGUCGACCGAAAUCCAGGAGUCGAAGUCGCUCGCGGAGUCGUUCCCAUAGUCGACGACAUAGUCGUCACCGUAAUGGCAAACAUUCCCACAAAAGUAGGAAACGACACCAUCGCUCUUCCAGACGGAAUAGUGAGGAUCGUCAUUGACAGAUGACUUAACUCUUGUAUAAUAUUACUUCCGAUUCUUGACCUGUAUUUACUUCCUGUUCUCUAAUGUACCGUCCCAGUAAACUUGUCUCUGUGAUUUGCAUUCAGUUUUAUUUUAUACAUUGAGUGUUUUUCAUCAGCUAUUCAAAAUAUUUUGCUGUCCAAUAUUUGUUAAUAUUUUGGAAGUAGCAACAAUCGCUGUAUUUGGAUACAUAUGUUAGCUAAACUGGUUUGACG